CAAAUAACAUGAAUUCUUUGAUUCUCUCUUUUCCAGAUUGUUUUCAUUAGAGAAGAUCAUCUUAAUUUUUUUAGGUGCUAGUCAUCAUGAAUGCUAGUUCCACUGCUUUGUGGCUUCCCAAUGUACCCUUGCCACCCCCCUUGGAAACUGACUCUGACCUAAACAGGUUCAGAGACAUCCUUAAGAUCGUCUUCUACACGGUUAUUUUUCUCCUGGGUUCCCUCGGCAAUGGAGUUGUGAUCUGGAUCACCGCCCGCCAGGUUUCACGGACCAUCAGCUGCGUCUGGUUCUUCAACCUAGCUGUGGCUGACUUUCUUUUCUCUGUGAGCCGUAUAGCACCUCUUGUUGCGGUGAAGGAAGGUUGGAUCUUCGGGAGUUUUGCAUGCAAAGCCAACGGCUUCAUCAAGUACCUCAACAUGUUCUGCAGCGAAUUUCUCUUAGCCGCAAUCAGCAUGGACCGGGCUGCUUGUAUCGCUUACCCAUUAUGGGCCAGAAAACACCGGAACAUCCGCUUGGCAUGGCUCGCCGCCAUCGGAGCUUGGCUCAUGGCCAUCAUCACAAGCAUUCCUUUCUACCUUUACCGGAAGCUGGACACGAAGAACAACCGAACCAAAUGCUUGGUGAUGCUAAAGGGAGAAGAACUGGGAGUAGAAGUGUCUAUCUCCAUGUUGAGACUGAUAUGUGGGUUCUUGGUCCCCUUCACCAUCAUCGUGCUAUGCUACGGCAUCAUCAUCGUGGUCCUCAGGAGACGUCAGACCUCCCACCCCUCAAAGAAGUCCUUCAAGGUCAUAUUGGCCCUGGUGGUGACCUUCUUCCUCUGUUGGUUGCCCUAUCACAUCACCCAGCUCCUUAAAUGGCCAGGAUUGAGUGGCCCAACCUUCUCGUUUGUUACUCUUUUUACGGCCUUCUUGGCCUACCUCAACAGUUGUGCAAAUCCAUUCCUUUACUUCUUCAUGGGCAUGGACUACCACAAAAAGUUGACCCUCUAUAAUAUCAUCAGGGCACUCAAGAGAACCUUGCUGGAAGAGGGCAGCUCUCGAAGUACAAAAUCCACUAGUAGCCACAAAGGAUCAAUUUCUAUGAAUGAACAGGCAAUAUCCUCAGAAAUCUCUCAGUUGCACUGUGAAAACUCAACCGCUCAUAUGUGAAAUAUACCAGGAGCAGAGAAAUUUGAAUUUGUGUACUUCCAUUGUUGUCCCAUCCUCAAGCCAUACUUUUGGACAUGCUGAAUUUUUAAAUAUUUGUAGGUGGAAAGGGCUGACAGAAAGCAGCCUUUUCCCUCGUAAGAGCCAAGGUGGCGCAGUGGUUAGAGUGCAGUACUG